AUAGCCACACAAAAAAUAGUCAAACGGCGUUAAAUCCCACAAGAUAGCCGGCAAACGUAAAAGAAAUGUUUUUUUCUUGUUGGAAAAUAGGACUAAUCCCAUAAAUGUUGUUUUUAUAAAAACAACGUUUUUUUUCUCGUACCUUGUGUUUAUAUUUCGUCAAUAAAAACUUAAUCAUGCCAUUUAUUAUAAAAAAUUUACAAAAGUCGCACUUGGAGCCACUACGGAUGUGUGAUCCUCAAGAUGUUAUAGCACUGUGCAAAAUAGCUUUUGACUACUUAACAAAUGGUCCCCAAGAACAGAUUUAUGAAGCCAUAGCCAAGAAAUAUAACAUAACGCCCCAGCAGGUGCAGCAGGCUGUGGAGGCGUUGAUAUCAAUACUAAUCGAAGCAACCAAAUGUAAUGCAGACAUAAAUGGUGUCAAAAAACCCCUAAUGCAGUUAGAUGGCUUCAAGGAGGAGGUCACCGAUAUUUUAGCACAGUUUGUGACAAGCAAAAAGAAAUUCAUAGAGGGAUCAAUCAAAUCUGCGAACAUUAGAGCAUACCGGCUAGUCAAUCUUGAGUGGAGACUUGAAGUUCGUUUAGCAUCUAGAGCUCUAAUGAAACAGCGCCAGGUGUUUGUAACCAUGAAACUGUAUUUGCAUACAGAACCAAAGAAUGAAAACCGAGAUUUGUUGGAAGAUUCGCCAAAUCCAUGUGAAGAGAUACAUGAAGAUGAGAAAAGGAAUCGUAAGGAUUUAUUAAUACAAACUGAUAUAAAUUCUCUUGUCCACAUGAUACAAUCUUUGGAAGAGGCCCUAAUGGAAUCUAGAUCACGACGUAUACGCAACAUAAUAUCAGCAAUACAUUAAAUAUCAACCUAGAAUUAGUGUAAAUAAAAGUAUAUAUUUUAUUAAAACUUA